GGACUGCUAAUACGUCGUGCGGCCGGCUCAAUAGCACUUCAAUAAUCCAAAGUUCAUAAGAAGCACUGGAAUUUGAGAGCAGAUUAUUUGCAAUAACAUGCAGUCACAACUUUAUGUACUUCCAUUACAUUUUUUUUACCAUCUUUUAAAGUAUUUUAUUUGAGUUGAUGCUCUUGUGCGAUCUUGUGGGAGAAUUGAAGUAAAGACGUAUGCUGAAAGCUAUUAAUCAUCGUAUUCUGCAGGUGCUGAGGGGAAUGUUCAUUACUCCUACCACAACAUAAGACAUGUUUUUGUAACUACUAGAACUCCUGGUGCCACUAACCAGCUUGUGGGGAUUUGAGAGAAAAAAAAAACAUUUUAAAUGGCAUUUGGUGACCUUUUGGAGCAGGUGGGCAGCACAGGCCGCUUCCAGAUCCUGCAUGUGACCCUGCUCUGUAUUCCAGUGCUACUGAUGGCCAGUCACAACCUGCUGCAGAAUUUUGUGGCGGCUGUGCCUCUUCACUACUGCAGCGCACACGCAAACAUCUCUCAGCUAAAGCUUAGCCCGCAAGAAAUCCUGACAGUCACAGUGCCUUUGGACCAAACCGGCAAGCAUCAGAGCUGCCGACGCUACGUUAUUCCACAGUGGCACCUCCUGGACAAGAAUGGCACUUUUAAACAAGAACAACAGGAAGAUUUUGAUGUUGAUGCAAACCUCCAGGGAUGCACAGAUGGAUGGUCCUAUAAUAUGACUGGAAUGACCUCUACAAUCAUAGCGGAGUGGGAUUUGGUGUGUGAUCUGCGCUCUUUGAAGCAAAUGGGCCAAACCGUCUACAUGGGAGGUGUCCUUAUGGGAUCCGUUGUCUUGGGAAGUCUUGCAGACAAGUUUGGGCGACGCAGCCUUUUGAUCAUUUCUCACCUGCUGAUGGCAGUGGCCGGGACCUGUGCUGCUUUCUCCACGUCCUUCCCAAUGUUCUGCCUGUGCCGAUUUUUUUGCGGAAUGGCUCUGUCAGGCGUGGGCCUCAAUACUUUCUCUCUCAUUGUGGAGUGGAUACCGACCCAUGUGCGGACCGGGGUGGGCACUCUCACAGGUUACUGUUACACACUGGGACAGUUAAUCCAGGCGGGCAUCGCUUAUUUCGUCCGGGACUGGAGGUGGUUGACCUUGGCUGUGUCUUCACCGUUUUAUGUCUUCUUCAUCUACUCAUGGUGGUUUCAUGAAUCUUCAAGAUGGUUGGUCCUCACCCAAAACUAUGACCAAGCCAUCAAGAACCUUAAAAGUGUCGCAAAAAUAAAUGGACGCCAUGAGGAAGGAGACAAAAUUGACAUCAAAAUGGUGCAGGAGUCCAUGAAGAAAGAGAUGUCAUGCUCACAAGGCUCCUACACUGUCUGUGAUCUGUUCCGCACUCCCACAAUGAGGUCGAUGACAAUCUGCCUCAGUGCUGUCUGGCUAUCAACAAGCUUUGCGUACUAUGGGCUUGUUAUGGACCUCCAGAAGUUUGGGGUGGACUUCUACUUAAUCCAAGUCAUCUUUGGGGCUGUGGACAUUCCCGCCAAGGUCGUCAUAACUGUGACAAUGAGUUUUAUCGGACGCCGUCCAUCCCAAUGUGGUGCACUUAUCAUUGCUGGAAUCACCGUACUGAUCAACCUUAUGGUACCUUAUGACCAACAGACGCUGCGCACCACUCUGGCUGUCGUGGGUAAAGGCUGCCUCGCUGCUUCCUUCAACUGCUGUUACCUUUACUCAGGCGAGCUCUUCCCCACCAUAAUUCGUCAGAAUGGAAUGGGCUGGGUAUCGAUGACGGCUCGUGCCGGAGCAAUGGUGGCCCCGAUGGUGCUUCUGAGUGGUGACUUCAUACCUUGGCUGCCGGGUAUGAUCUACGGAGGAGCCCCCAUCAUGAGUGGCGUGGCAGCCAUAUUCCUCCCGGAAACACUUGGCUCGCCGCUUCCUGACACAAUACAAGACGUCGAAGACAGGGGCUCUGGGAGAGUGUCCAAAAUGCCACAAAAGGAAGCAGCCGUUCUGCAAGACACGCAAGCGAAUCUCCUGAAGCAGGUCGUCUGAAGGCAUCAAAAUUGUAUUACUGAUUAACUGUCAAACUUGAGCGGGUAUGUGUUUCUGCAGCUGUUUUCGCAGUGAUUUUAAUUUAGCCUACUCAUCUCCUGUAUGACUGCCAGGAAUAUGGAGACUGAUGCGAGUUAUAGACAGGUCAAUCGUGGAAAGAAAAUAUCACAUAUGGUUUUACAGUAGCAUUGAGGACUUUAGUGAUGCUGGAGCCUCAUAAUGUUUUGUAUUUAAAAUCAG